AUGGAUCUCUGGCCCGGCUUCACCUUCCCGCUGAUCCUGCUCACGGCCUUCUUGCUUUUUCUGCUGUGGAGGGGGCAGCAGGCCGGGCGGAGGAGCCUGCCCCCGGGCCCACGCCCGCUGCCCCUCCUGGGCAACUUGCCGCAGUUGUGGGGACCGUCGUUGUUACGCUCUCUGCUGGGGCUCCGAGACAAGUACGGCCCAGUAUUCACCAUCUACUUGGGGGCGAAGCGGGCCGUGGUGCUGUGGGGCUACGAGGCAGUGAAGGAAGCCCUGGUGGACCAAGCGGAGGAGUUUGGUGGCCGAGAGGGGUUAGCUCUUGUGGACAGGACCAGCAAGGGCAAUGGGCUUUUCUUCAGCAACGGGGAGACGUGGCGCCAGAUGCGCCGGUUUGCCCUCAGCACCCUGAGGAAUUUCGGGAUGGGGAAGAGGAGCAUCGAGGAGCGGAUCCAGGAGGAAGUCCAGUACCUGCUGGAGGAGUUCAGGAAGACAGAAGGUAUCCUGGCUUUGGUAUUUUCAAAGAACUGGGGUUGGUCCAACGUGGGUGUCUCCCACUGUCCCCCCCGUUCCUUGUCCCAUGACUCCAGACUCCCGGGAAUUCCCACCUCCUUUUUCCUGUGUUCUUACUCGAGCUGGGGGGUUCCCAAGGGAAAAUGUUGACCGUAAAAUAUCCAUUCAAAAUGAUGCUGCAGGGCCUCAUGGGAAUUGUAGUUCGGGUACCUCAUGUUCCCAUUCU